AUUAAUGUUCAUUUGGUUGAUAUUACAGGACAUAUUUAUUGCCCCGUAUACUCUGUACAUGAGGCCUAAAUACAAUCAUAUUUUAAUCUGUCCAUAUAGGUUUUCUAUGUAAUAUUUACUGUGCGCGGCACUAACGUCAAGUCGUGAUGCUUCAGAACCAAACCAAAGAAAAUUUUGUCCAAACUUUAUCGCCAAAUUCACGGCCAAACGCAACCAGCAUUCUAUCACCGAGAUGCACCCAUUGAGUUCUUCAGGCAUAUAAACAAUGAAUGGCGGCGACCCCUCAAUAUCACAGGCCAACGAGGCCUUUGAUAACCCUGAAACAAUCCCCUCCCACCCCCUCGGCGUCAAGCCGUCUGGGAACGGACUCACCGCCUCCUAUAACCUCCGCUCCUCAAUUGGGUAUUUCGGCAUCCUACCGGAUGAACUGAUUUCACUUCUGCUUGAAUCCUUGGACGUGAAGGCGCUGAGAAGCUUAGGAGCAACGUGUAAGGCUCUGCACGCUUUUACUAGGAGCGAAGAGCUGUGGAAGGCAAUUUUUAUAGAGACACCACCUCAAAACUUCACCUGGCGAGGUACAUGGCAUUCCACAUAUCUAAACUUGCCAGAAUCGGAAGUGGCUUCGCCCGACUGCUCGUAUCUCUUUUCAGAUGUUCUCCACCGGCCAUUCUACUGCGCCCAUGUCUCCCUAUCGACCUACACUGAGAAUAUUCCCUCCAGAAACCAGAUUUCCCGGCUCAAGGACCUCUCGCCGGCUGAGUUUGAAGAGUCAUGGACAGAUCGUCCAUUCAUCCUGACAGAGCCCGUCAAGAGCUGGCCAGCAUAUAAGAACUGGUCCAUCGAGACGCUCCUUAAGCAAUAUGGUGAUGUGCUUUUCCGUGCGGAGGCUGUGGAUUGGCCGCUAAGAACAUACGUGGACUACAUGAACAACAACUCCGAUGAAAGCCCGCUGUACCUCUUCGAUCGCAGCUUUGUGCAAAAGAUGGGCCUUCCUACGCAUGGCGAAAGUGCAGCAUUCCAACCCCCUGCUUGCUUUGGUGAAGACCUAUUCGCGGUCCUGGGUGCUCAACGCCCUGACAAGGAGUGGCUGAUCGUCGGCCCUGAAAGAAGCGGGAGUACCUUCCACAAGGACCCCAACGCGACAAGUGCGUGGAACGCGGUGCUCAGCGGGUCGAAAUACUGGAUCAUGUUUCCCAGCUCAUCUUCUCUACCGCCCCCGCCAGGUGUGUAUGUCUCCGCCGACCAGAGCGAAGUCACCUCGCCGCUCAGCAUCGCGGAAUGGUUGCUGAACUUCCAUGCCGCUGCGCGCAACGUGCACGGAUGUGUAGAGGGAAUCUGCGGUGAAGGGGAGGUCCUCCAUGUGCCUUCUGGAUGGUGGCAUUUGGUGGUUAAUCUAAACCCAUGCAUCGCCAUCACGCAGAAUUUCGUUCCGCGGAAGCAUCUCGGCGCGGCCCUUGAGUUCUUGAAGUACAAGGCUGACCAGGUGUCUGGGUUCAGAAAGGACGUGCUAGAUCCGUAUGGAAUGUUUGUCGAGAAGAUGCGGGAAACACAUCCCGAUUUACUAGAGAAAGCGAUGAAGGAAAUGGAGGGCAAAAAGAAGAGAAAAUGGGACGAGAUCGUCCAUGGAAAUGGGGAUGAUGCGACAGAAGCGUCAGCUGGAGCUUUCAGUUUUGGUUUUGGCGACGAGGGAAGUGAUGUUGAAGUUCCAUGA